GGUUCUCUUUUUUCACGCAGACCCAGGAACACCCCUUUUCUCUGUCUCUCUCUCUCUCUCCAUAGUUCACUGUACAGAGGCCUUUUACUCGUCGACCGGAGAAAAUGCAUUCCAAUCACCUGCUUCUCGAGGAGCCUAUAAGGAUGGCCUCCAUCCUCGAGCCAUCCAAAUCUAGUUUCUUCCCUGCAAUGACAAAGAUCGUGGGGACUUUGGGCCCCAGGUCUCGAUCCGUCGACGUUAUCUCCGGUUGCCUCAAAGCUGGAAUGUCUGUGGCUAGAUUUGACUUUUCUUGGGGAGACUCACCGUUUCAUCAAGAAACAUUGGAGAAUUUGAGGAUGGCUAUCAAGAGCACCAAGAAGCUCUGUGCUGUUAUGCUAGAUACGGUGGGCCCCGAGAUGCAGGUUGUGAAUAAAAGUGAGACGGCUAUUUCACUUGUGGCAGACGGUACUGUUAUUCUGACACCUCAUCAGGGCCAGGAAGCGUCUUCAGAAGUGUUGCCUAUCAACUUUACUGGACUAUCUAAGGCUGUAAAGAAGGGAGACACCAUUUUUGUUGGCCAAUACCUGUUUACAGGAAGUGAAACUACAUCGGUGUGGCUGGAGGUAGUUGAGGUGAAAAAUGAAGAUGUAGUCUGUGUGAUAAAGAACUCUGCAACCUUGGCUGGGUCUCUGUUCACUUUGCAUGCCUCUCAAAUUCGAAUUGACUUGCCUACUCUCUCGGGCAAGGAUAAGGAGGUUAUUAGUACAUGGGGUGUUCAAAAUAAAAUUGACUUCCUCUCACUAUCAUAUACAAGGCACGCAGAAGAUGUUCGUGAAGCCCGUGAAUAUCUAUCUAAGUUGGGUGAUCUUAGUCAGACUCAAAUUUUUGCAAAAAUCGAAAAUGUAGAGGGUUUAACCCAUUUUGAUGAGAUCCUACAAGAAGCAGAUGGGAUCAUCCUGUCCCGUGGAAACCUUGGCAUAGAUCUCCCACCUGAGAAGGUGUUCUUGUUUCAGAAGGCUGCUGUUUACAAGUGUAACAUGGCUGGAAAACCAGCGGUGGUAACUCGUGUCGUGGACAGCAUGACUGAUAAUCUGAGACCAACUCGUGCAGAAGCUACUGAUGUUGCCAAUGCCGUGUUGGAUGGCAGUGAUGCAAUUCUUCUUGGUGCUGAGACUUUGAGAGGAUUAUACCCUGUUGAGACUAUUUCUAUCGUCGGUAAAAUUUGUGCUGAGGCAGAGAAGGUCUUCAAUCAAGAUCUGUACUUCAAGAAGACUGUCAAAUAUGUUGGCGAACCAAUGACCCACUUAGAAUCUAUUGCUUCAUCCGCGGUACGGGCUGCCAUUAAGGUGAAGGCAUCUGUUAUUAUUUGCUUCACUUCAUCUGGAAGGGCUGCAAGGUUAAUUGCAAAGUAUAGGCCAACAAUGCCAGUUCUGUCAGUCGUCAUCCCCAGGCUUAAGACAAAUCAAUUGCGAUGGAGCUUUAGUGGUGCAUUUGAGGCAAGGCAGUCCCUUAUAGUCAGAGGUCUUUUCCCAAUGCUUGCUGAUCCUCGACAUCCUGCUGAGUCUACAAACGCGACAAAUGAAUCAGUUCUGAAGGUUGCACUUGAUCAUGGAAAGGCCUCGGGAGUUGUAAAGUCACAUGACAGGGUUGUGGUUUGCCAAAAAGUUGGGGAUGCAUCUGUGGUGAAGAUUAUUGAGCUUGAAGAUUAAAACCCUUAUGUCGGCCUCCUUUUGAGUUGUUUCUUCUUCCUAAUUAUUUGGAACUGGUGCUGGACUUUAUCGUCAUCACCCAUGAGGUUUAAUCUCAAUGUUUGGAGACUAUAUUAUGCUGGUCAAUUUUCGUCCAUCGAAAUUGUGGUCACACAAACUAUAUUGUGGGCGACCCCCAUGUUUUUGUUUAAGUAUCGAAUUCAUCUUCAGGCUCAUGCCCAAUAAUUUCGUAAUAUGUAUUUUCUGGCAACGGAUGAAUAAAUCGGUUUUGGCUUGGUGAGGCUAUUGGAUUUUAAUUUUAAUUUUAAUUUU